CAGAGGGUUGAAGAUGGCGUCGCCCGGGAGCUCCGAGCCCGGCUGGGGCCCUGCCCGCUACUGCCUGGUGAGCCGCAUCCCGGCCGAGCUCCGCUCCGCCCAGCUCCGCUCCUACUUCAGCCAGUUCGCCGAGGCCGGCGGCUUCCUCUGCUUCCACUACCGGCACCGGCCCGAGCGCAGCGGGCCCCCGGGGCAGGGCCCGGGCCCGGCCACUUGCUGCUGCCUGGUAGCGGUGCGGCCCGGCCAGGCCCGCCGGCUGGUCCGCAUGUACUCGGGCAAGCGCUGGCUGGAUGCCCAGGGCGACGGGCUGCCCGGCCGCUGCGUGAUCCGCAGGGUCCGAGUCUCCCCGGACACAGGUUUGGGCAUGUUCCAGUAUAAAACCAAGAAGGAGCUUCAUAAUAAGACCCAGAGUGAAACAUUUACCCAGGCAGACUUAAAGUGGCUGCCGGAACUGAACCCCCCUGUGUUUAUGCCCCAUGGGAAUGUGGGAACCCCUCUGAGAGUCUUCCUGGAGCUGAUCAAGGCCUGCAGGCUGCCUCCCCGAGUUAUUAAGAAACUGCAGCUACGAUUUCCCAAGACAGGAUCCUCUCGCAGGUAUGGGAAUGUGCCCUUUAAAUAUUGGGACACUGAGACUGUUGAACAAGAAGACCUGGUUUAUACAGACACAGGGGAGGAGAUCACAAUGGAAAAGGGCCCCCCGGCAAGAACUGGGAUGACUCAAACUAGUGAUGAGGAAGACUGGGAAGGACCAGGAAAGGAGGAAGCAGAAGAGUCUCACUCAGAUGAUGAUGAUGAUAGGUGCGAGGAGUGGGAACGACAUGAGGCACUGCAUGAGGAUGUAACCACUCAGGAACGUGCAGAGGAGCGGCUGUAUGAAGAGGAGAUUGAGCUGAAGUGGGAGAAGGGAGGCUCUGGGCUGGUCUUCUACACGGAUGCUCAGUAUUGGCAGGAAGAGCAAGGAGACUUUGACGAACAGACGGCAGAUGACUGGGAUGUGGACAUGAGUAUCUACUACGACAAAGAUGGAGGUGAUAAGGAUGCCCGCGAUGCAGUACAGAUGCGCUUGGAACAGAGACUCCGGGAUGGUUUGGAGGAUGGGUCUGUUUCAGGGCAACAGAUUGGGACCUUUGAGAAAUAUACCAAGGGUAUUGGCAGGAAGGUGUUGGAGAGGCAGGGCUGGAUGGAGGGGCGAGGUCUAGGGAGCAGCAACUCUGGAAUGGCUGAAGCGUUGGACAAUGAGGGUCAGCAUCCCAAGUGCAAGAGAGGAUUGGGGUACCAUGGAGAGAAACUGCAGACUUUCAGCAAGCCGAAAAAACCUCGCCGGGAUGGCCCCAUCCUCAUCUCCACAAUCUACGAUGAGCCCCAGUCUGUAGACAUUGGGGACCAGCUACUCCGGCGCCAGCUGCCCACUGCCAUGAAGUACAGACAGGACAUGGCAUUUGUCCGAGCGACUCAGAGUGCUCACCAGAGGCCCGGUGCCUCAUGAGAGUUGCUGCUGAACAGACUUUGGGAUUCAUUCAUUAGAGCAAUAGCAGAACCUUUAUAUUAGAACAGCCUCUUCUGUGCUCCUUUGUAACCUGGAGGCUGACUUCUCCUGCUGUCUGAUCCUAAGCAAAAUGUUAAUAUAUUUUCUGGACUCUUUUGUA